AUGAAGUACACUCCCUCGCUUCUACUCUUCUCGCUCAUUUCCACUGCGGCAGCCAUGCCCCACGAGCUCGUCGCUCUAUAUGGAGAGUGCUCCAGCAGCGCCAACUGCGCGCCCGGAUACUGCUGCUCGCAGUACGGCUACUGCGGUACCGGCGCCGAGUACUGCGGCUCCAACCCUCCCAGUGGCGGCGGCGGCGGCGGCGGCGGCGGUUCUUCCUAUCCGGGCCUCGACGCGGUGCAGAGCCGCAACGCGGCCGCGGCCAUUGGCCAAGUCCGCGCCGAGGGGCUCAACCGCCAGGCUUGCUUGGCCGUCAUCAGCACCGCGCUGCAGGAGUCGACUCUACACAUCUACGCCAAUCCCGUGGUUCCUGCCUCGAUGAACUACCCGCACGAUCUCGUCGGAGGUGGCCAAGAUAGUAUUGGCAUGUUUCAGCAGCGCCCCGAGUACUAUCCCGACAUUGCUGCCGACAUGUCGGCGGCUGGCAGUACCCGCCAGUUCCUCGCCGUCAUGAAGCAGGUCCCGAAUUGGCAAACCAUGAAAGUUUCCGCUCUGGAUCAGGCCGUCCAGAGAGCCGAGGCUGGAAACUUGUAUGCCCAGCGCCUCCCGCUGGCCAACCAGGUCUGCAGCGCGGCGGGCUUUUAA